AUGGUGUUUUCAUCAGAUAUAGACAUAACUAUAAUAACACCAUUAAUAAAAUCAAAGUCAUCAUCUUUUUUAGAAAAAAUAGGAAGACAUUCAUCAAUAAACAAUAAACAAGAAAUUAACGAAUUACUUAAAAAGAUAACUAAUAUCAUAACAAAGUAUGAUAUAGCUAAGAAUGGUCAUGUAAUACAUGCAAAGAAUGCAAAAGUACCCAUUUUAAGAAUGGUAGAUAAACGAUUUAACAUCAAAAUAGAUAUUUGUGUGGGACAAGAAGUGGGGAUGAAAGCAGGUGAUUUUAUUAAAAAGAAGUGUAAAGAACAUGAUGGAUUAGAUCACAUGAUUUUAAUAUUUAAAUAUUUUAUGAAAAAAAGAAGGUUAUCAGAUGGAAUGAAUGGAGGAUUGGUAGGUUAUGCACAAUUUAUAUUGUUACUUGAUUUCUUUCAAACACAUCCAAUGAUUCAAACUAACAGAAUUUCAGUUAAAGAAAAUCUAGGAGUGUUAUUUAUGGACUUCUUCCAAUAUUAUUCAAGAUUUCCAUUUGAGGGAGCUAUUAUAGACACAAAUAAAAGAAAGUAUAUUUAUAAUAACACUUCUAAAACUUGUAUAAGAGAUCCAAUAUAUGAAGAUAUAUUAACCAAUACAGCAGGAAGUUGUCAAUCAAUAGGCUUAAUAAAAGAAUGUUUUUAUUUCUCCUAUCGAAUAAUGUGUGGUGCUAUUAAUGAAAAAUCACAAAGUAAAUGUUUAUCAGAUCUUUGGAUUAGACAUGAUCAGUUUGAAAAACACUUAAGAAAUGAAAUGAUAAAAAAAUAUGAAAAACUUUUUGAUAAGAAUUAA